AAGAUUCCGUCUCUGGGACGCACGUAGAGACGGAGAAAUUUCUGCCUCUACACGGUAUUGGGGUUUAAUCCCUAUCCUCUUCCCUUGUUCUCCAAUUUUCCUCAAAUCUCAGCCGUCUGCCUGGCCUUCGCCGCCGCCGCCGCCGCCGCUGUCGCCGUCCGUCUCCCUUGCUGUUGACGCCGCCGUUAGCUCCGCCGCUGUUGUCCCCUUCUGCCGUUGUUGUUUCUUUUUCUUUUUUGCAGUAGAAAGAAAGGGGGAAAGAGAGAGAGGGGAUUGUUUUUAUGGCAGGCGGUGGAUCAGAUGCGAGUGUAUCUACCUUAUCAUGUGCUCAAUGUGGCAAGCCGGCUCAUCUUCAGUGCCCCAAGUGUGUGGAAUUGAAGCUUCCUCGAGAAGGUGCUGCCUUCUGCACUCAGGACUGUUUUAAAGCAUCCUGGAGCUCUCAUAAAUCUGUUCAUUUGAAGGCAAAGUUAACCACACUUGGGGCUGGUGAUACUGGUGAGCAAAAUUCAACAUCAACCAAUGACAGCUGGUUAUAUUGUUUGAAGAAAGGACAGGCUCGAGCUCCUAAACUUCCCCAUUUUGAUUGGGCUGGGACAUUAAGGCCAUAUCCAAUAUCAAAAAGGCGUAUUACACCUGCCCACAUUGAGCAACCUGACUGGGCACUUGAUGGAAUCCCUAAAAUUGAGCCCAACAGUGAUCUUCAGCAUGUUGUUGAGAUCAAGACUCCUGAGCAAAUUGAAAGAAUGAGAGAAACUUGCCGGAUUGCAAGAGAGGUUUUGGAUGCAGCUGCUCGUGUUAUUCGGCCGGGUAUAACUACAGAUGAAAUUGAUGAAGUGGUUCAUGAAGCAACAAUUGCUGCUGGAGGAUAUCCAUCUCCACUAAAUUACCAUUUUUUCCCAAAGUCAUGCUGCACGUCCGUAAAUGAAGUAAUCUGCCACGGGAUUCCAGAUGCAAGGAAAUUAGAGGAUGGUGAUAUUGUAAAUGUUGAUGUUACAGUAUAUUAUAAAGGUGUUCAUGGUGAUCUCAAUGAAACAUUCUUUGUGGGGAAUGUUGAUGAAGCAUCUAGACGGUUGGUCCAAUGUACUUAUGAGUGCUUGGACAAGGCAAUAGCAAUUGUGAAGCCUGGGGUACGAUUCAGGGAAAUAGGAGAAGUGAUUAGUCGACAUGCUUUUAUGUCAGGGUUCUCUGUGGUGAAAUCAUAUUGCGGUCAUGGUAUUGGAGAGCUCUUCCACUGUGCACCAAAUAUUCCCCAUUAUGCAAGAAAUAAAGCAGUUGGUGUGAUGAAACCAGGGCAAACCUUCACAAUAGAACCUAUGAUUAAUGCAGGCCUUUGGCGUGAUCGAAUGUGGCCUGAUGGGUGGACUGCUGUUACUGCAGAUGGCAAACGUAGUGCUCAGUUUGAACACACACUUUUGGUGACAGAGACCGGGGUUGAAGUUUUGACAGCACGCUUACCCACAUCCCCCAGUGUGUUUCCAUGGUUGACUUAGUUUAAUACCCCAUAGAUGUUGGUGGGGAAUGAAGGUCAGCAAUAACAUCAUCCUAUGAUAUGGGUAACAGAUUGGAAGCUGCUUUUGUUGCCCUUAUCGAUUGUUGUAUUUUUUAUGUGUGAGUUCUUAAAAUUUUGGUUAAAUUCAGCUUUUCAAUUUUUAUAAAAGUGGUGCCUUUCUCUA